GCCCAAAGUUCUCUGUGGCGCCCACUAUAUUCCUGUAGACUAACUAGAAAUCCCAGCAGCAGCUUCCCCCAUUGUAUUGCUUUACCGCUUCUGCAAAUCAUGUGAUUUCCUCCUUUAUUUUUAGGUAUAAAAGACCCAUCUAGUAUUUGCAUCCUGAAAGCAUCACAUCAGCAACACUCUUCUCACAAAUAUCUUUCUUCACACAGUUUGGAGAUAUUUCUCACACUUUCUGGUUUGUGUUCUGUGGCUGUGAUUCAGUAUAAGGUUUGAGGAGCAAGGGAUAUUUUUUUUUGCUUUCUACGCGAAAGGUCGUGGUCAUGUCUGGGAUCAUCGAUAUGUGGACCAGCGAAGUAGCCAGGCUGAAAGAGAAUGGCCAGUCCAUUUGGUCAGGUCGCUACCCUCCGAGUGCUGCUGAAAAUGUGGAUGAAUCCAGGAAGACGGAGGAAGGUGGCAAGUGGGCGACGACUACUGCUGGUGUUACAGGUUUUGUCCAGAGGUUGAGUGCCGGAGUGAAGCUUCCUCCUGCUUUCCAGUGCUCCGAAGCUUCCUUGUCGAUGCUUCUCGACAACUUGAGCGCUUAGAACACUUUGGUUAUUCUGGAUUAAGAAGUCAUUGUUGGCUUUUUUUCAUUUUUACCUUCUUCGUCUUGCUUAAUGUGAUGGUUUCUUGUUUUGAAGAAGAGGAAAAGCCCCUGUGUAAAUUAUGGCUUUCCCUCGUCUCCGUGAUAAAUAAAAAGUUGUUUACUUUUGUGAGACAAUUCUAUGGGAUUUCUAGUUGAAAGUACACGUAAAACAGUUAAAAAUCCAAUCUCAAUUACGACUUCACAACUAUACAGCAUUUCCAACUAUACUGAAUUACAGUCGAGCGCGUGUAUGAUAACUCUAUUACAACUCGAAAACGUAGUUGGAACUCAAUUAGAUGGAUUUUGGUUCUCGGCAAUUUAACUCGGACAAUACUUGGGAGACGAAAAGGAUGGAGCAAUUUGAUGCGGCAAAGGAAAUACACUGACAUGACGAGAAAUGUAACUCGCAGGCAGUAUCUGAAGACCAACUCUUGACGGAUUUCAGUUCACAGAAAUCUAAGGUGAAAAAAAAAUUGACAGCUGUGGG